AUGGUGCGAGGGCGCAGUUCCCCGGAGGAUCAGAUGCGACACGCGCGACGCAUAUUUGAUGGCGUAGUGCUGCGCCAGGAAGCCGCCGAAACUCCCACCGCAGAUGAUGGCCUGCUCGUCGCCGAGGAAGUGACGCCUGAUGCCUUCGAUGUCGUCGACAAUCUGGUCAAACGUGUAUGGUUUUGUCCUGGAGCUCUUCCCGUGGCCUCGGUAGUCGAAUGA